UGAAAAAAUUGUUCAUGUCAGUAGAUGCUAACCAUUCCGAGUCUUUACAAGGCAUACGAAAUACUUUAUUAGAAUGGAGUCGCUAUUACUUGGGAUAUCCUCGACCUCCAAGUAGAGUAAUAGAGUUUAGAGGUCGUAAACAUCUUAUUGAACUGUUGAAACAAGGUAAACCUGUUCUCGUUGCGCUCUCUAUUCACGGGUUUUCAAGAUGUGAGCACUUUAGAAAAAUGUUUGAACAAGCUUCAUUUGAGUUUGAUCAAGUCCACUUUGUUUGGGUGAAUUGUGGUCAAGCAAUAGAGUUUUGCAGAUCUAGACAACCUCCUGCCAUGCCCUGGAUGGAGCUCUUUCAAUUGGAUUUUGAGUCUGAAGCCAAAGUGGGUAUGAGAGAAAGCGACUCUGCGUUCAAAGUUGAGUAUUUUUGAGAAAGCACGGAAUCCUUCCUCCUGCA